AUGCCAGUGAUCGUUGAUGAUAAGUCUGAGCACUGCAUCCCGUUUAUUAUCGACCGUAUCAAGCAACACCAACGUCACCAUGCCAACAAAGGCGAGAAACCUCCGCCCUUUUUCGUAGGCUUGAACGGUGUGCAGGGUGCCGGGAAAACGACACUGGUCACGACGCUCAGCAAGACUCUUUCAUCACCACCGCACAAUCUUCCCACCGUAGUUCUCUCAAUAGAUGACUUAUACCUACCACACGAAGACCAGGAAAACUUAGCCCACUCUCAUCCGAAUAACCCUCUGGUCCAGCAUCGGGGACAGCCAUCAACACAUGACAUUAAGCUUGGCGUGCAGCUGUUCGACGCUCUGGCAUCUCGGCAGACUAACAUUAAGAUCCCAAGCUACGACAAGUCUGCUUUCUCCGGUGCUGGAGACAGGAGGCCCGAGUCUGAAUGGGACACAGUCAACACAGAAGGUCAACGGCCGGUUGAAGUUGUUAUAUUCGAAGGUUGGUGCGUUGGCUUCCGUCAUUUGAACGAUGACGAGGUCAGAAGGAAGUGGCAAACGGCGAAGGCAGAGUACGAACGCAAGGCGGAUGCGUACAAUGGCCAACUCGGGAAGCUCAAAUUGGAACAUGUGCUUUUCGUGAACGCCAAGCUAAGGGCUUAUGAUGCAUUGACGGACCGUUUCGGUGCCUUCAUUCAAAUAGACGCGGAGGAUACACAGUAUGUGUAUGAUUGGCGUUUGCAGCAAGAGGCAGCCUUGAGAGCGGCGAAAGGCACGGGUAUGACAGACGAUCAAGUUCUGAGCUUUGUCAACGGCUACUAUCCCGCGUACGAGCUGUAUACGGAGGUACUGCGUCGCGGCAUCUUUGGGCACGAGAAGGGCAAGCAGCUGCGACUCGUUGUGGGCAAGGACAGACGAGUUAAGCACGUACAAGUGUUGUAG